AUGGUAAAUAUAAAUUGGCCAGGAUUACUAAAAUGGUCAACUAAAUAUGCAGAUGGAACAAUUGACACAAAUAAACGUUUAAGUAAAGAAGAUAUUGAAUUUUUACAAGGAGCAAUAAAAGAAGCUUUAAGUCAAGUAGAAGAUCCAUAUGAAGCAAUAAAUGAAGCAGUAUUAAAUUUUGAAAAUAAAGAUGAAGGUAUAAUAUUGGCAUCAGCUAAAAUUGUUGAAAGAUUAGUUGAUGAAUAUCCAGAAGUUGCAAGAAAUUUAGAUAAAAUUAAAGCAAUAGAUCCUUUAUUAAAAUUAUUAGAUCAUUCUAAUAAUCAUAUUUUAGAAUCAGUAUUACAAAUUUUAUCUUUAGCUUUAUCUAAUAAUCCAGAUUUGCAAGAAUCUGUUUUUAAAAAAAAUGCAUUAAAAACAUUAUUAAUAAAAUUACAAGAAUCUCAAAAAACACUUAUUGACAAAAAAUUAAUUACUGCAAUCUCAGCUUUAAUCAGACAUCAUGAUGAAGCAGAAAACAAAUUUAUUGAUUAUGGUGGAGUUGGAUUUUUAGUUUACGGAAUGCAAACAAAUAUUUACAAAUAUCAAGAAAAAUCUGCUCUUCUUUUAAAACAUUUAGUUCAUCAAAAUAAAAUUACUUUUGAAAUAUUUAUAAAAAAUGAAAUUAUGAAAGGAUUAAUAUGUCUAGCUAAUAAUAAAAAUAUAGAUGAAACAGGUAUACAGUAUGGUGAAACAACAGCAGAAUUAUUUUUGGCUAUUAUUCAAAAUCAUAGACAUAAAUUAGCUAAAUCAGGAAAUUUACAUAAUUUAAAAAAAUUAAUCGAAGAUAGAUUAAUAUAUUUACGUGUAAUACAAAAUAGUACAUCAUAUGAUGUAUCACAUGAAAUGGAAUUAUUUAAUGAAUGUUUAAAGUUAACAAAUUGGCCUGGAAUGAAACUACCCAAGGAAAAUGAUGAAAAUAAUUAUAGCAUUGCUGAUGGAUAA